AUGCUGCUGAAGGUCAUGAAGCCAAAGAAGACAAGGUUGGGUGAAAAAGGAGGCUGUGGUAGAAGCCCUUACCGCCCAAGCAGCGGCCUGAUGUCCUCUCUGCAGUGGCUUCACGUAAUACAGUGGUUGUAUGGCUGUGAGCUCUGGGAAGAUGGGCGCAAAGGAGGGUUUCACCAGUAUGGAUAUGAUGGGAGGACCUUCCUCACCUUUGAUAAGGAGACCCUCACCUGGGUGGCUCCUGACCUCCAGGCCCAGAUCACCCGGAGGAAAUGGAAUGCUCUUCCAGGAUGGAAUCAGAGAAAGAAGUCCUACCUGGAGGAAAUCUGCAUUGAGUGGCUGGGGAAGUACCUGUCCUAUGGGAAGGAGAUUCUGCUGAGGACAGAGACUCCAAAGGUGACGGUGAGCAGCAGGACGGAGGUGGAGGAUGGGAUGGAAACACACAUCUGCCGCGUGGAUGGCUUCUACCCCAGGGAGAUCGAUGCCUCCUGGACACGGGACGGGGAGGUCUGGCUGCAGGACACCCUCCAUGGGUUUGUGGCCCCCAAUUCAGAUGGGACCUACCACUUCUGGCUCAGCAUCCGGAUCGACCCCAAAGAGAGGAGCCGCUAUCGGUGCCACGUGGAGCACGACGGCCUGCAGGAGCCUCUGGACUUGGAGCUGAAGGAACCAACCAGUUCAAAAUCCAUCCUGGGGCUCAUCAUUGGCUGCGUUGUGGCUGCCCUUGUCCUGGCGUGUGCGAUUGCUGGGGUCCUGGUAUUCUUCAAAAGUGACAAAGGAUACAGCAGUUCAGGCUGGGGUAAGUCGGAGGGGAGCUGUCCCUUUGCAAAACUCUGGGUGAACAGGGAGAUGAUUUUUAAAGCCUCCCUAAUUCAUGCUCUCUAUGUUCCAUCCGUGCCUGGUUCUGGUGAAAUAAUUAGAGAGUUUAGAGACAGUUUGGUUUAGUGGUGAGGCCACCAA